CCACUGUUUUUUUUUACAAUUAGCCUUAUAAUUUCCAAAAAAUGCCUGCCCUUUGGACAAGGUUGAUGGAACUAAAACCAUCUACUUUUCGUGCCAAUCUAAAAUUAAGAUUAAUUCGUUCCUAUGAUCUCAUGUUGGAGAAAUUUAUGCUCGGGAGUGUAUUUUCCACGACAAUGAGGUAUUUUUCAUUAGACUUUUGUUUAUUAGCCGCUUUUCCAAAAAAAUUAAUUUUAUGGAAAAAAUUUCAGGAGAACCACAUCCUUGCAAUCUAUCAAAAGGAGGAAAUACCAGUGUUUGGAGCAACACUAAAAGAAGGGAAGUUAUAUCGAAUAAGUAAUCCUGCAGUUCUAUCAAAUAACAAGCCUAACAUUGUUUCAAAUAAAUUUAAGCUUUCACAAAUCAGUGGUUUAAUAUAUCAAUCGAGAGAUCUAAGGCAUAGAAUAAGAAGGGAUUUUUUAAAAAAAAAAUCUGCUACUCAGUGGGUUUAAAAAUAGAACAAUUAAAAUCCUUUGAUCUACCAUCACAUAUAGGUAUACAAUGAGUUAUCAAGAAUAUCGAAUUGAAGGAUCUAAUAAGCGUCAUAUUUUAAAACCAAAGCAAGAACACAAUGAGAAAGUAAAGAAGAUGCACCAUAAAACAUGCAUCUGGAUGUUCAACGGUGCGUGGAGUUAAGGUCCAGGAAAACGAAGACGACGGAGGCAGCGAGGACUGGAGAAGUGAUUGGAUUUAUUGAAAUAAUGAAAUGGAAGAGGAACGGAUGGGAGAUGUAAUUGAGAUGAGGAGGAGCGGCGGGCAAUCGUUGUUGGCUUCUCUCUCUCUCUCUCUCUCUCUCUGUGUAUCUCUUUACGUUUCUUCCUUCUUUUUUUUUCUUCACUCGCUGCAGUGACAAUCUUCCUUCUUUCUCCUUAUUUCUCGCUGUAUUUCAGGCCAUUCAAAGUCCAAAAGGUUGAGAGCCUAACCUAACUCAAGUUGAAACAUGGCAUCCCCAGCGACAUUGGGUGAAGGACAUUGUAAUGCUUCUUCUCUAAUGGCUUCUUCCUCAGCAGAAAGACUGAAUCUAAAGGCUACAGAAUUGAGGCUUGGUCUUCCCGGAUCCCAAUCUCCAGACCGAGAUGAAGAACUCAACAACAAGCAAGAACCUGGAAAAUUCGACGAAAAGCCUCUGUUUCCUUUGCUUCCUUCACCCGAUGGAAUAUGCUCAUCUCUCAAGACUUCAGGGAACAAAAGAGGGUUCUUAUACACCAUGGACAGGUUCUUAGAAACAAAGGACUCUAAGGCCACCGAGGCAAAUGAUUGGAUUUUCAAUGCACCCAAAUCUGAUUCUCAGGCUAAUGUGAAGGGCAAGCACGCCGAAGCUAAGGCACAGGUAGUUGGUUGGCCACCUAUUAGAUCAUUUAGGAAGAACACACUGACUUCCACCACUAAGGUUACCGAUGAAGUUGAUGGAAAGCCUGGGUCUGGAUCCCUUUUUGUUAAAGUCAGCAUGGAUGGAGCUCCAUACCUAAGAAAGGUGGAUCUUAGAAAGUACUCCUCAUACCAACAACUCUCUUCUGGGCUUGAGAAGAUGUUCAGCUGCUUUACCUUAGAAUGUGUGGUUACAUAUGAGGAUAAGGAUGGAGAUUGGAUGCUUGUGGGAGAUGUCCCUUGGGAUAUGUUUAUAGAGACGUGCAAGCGCUUGAAGAUCAUGAAGGGCUCCGAUGCGAUUGGAUUGGCCCCAAGGGCUAUGGAGAAUGGCAAGAGCAGCAGGAAGUAGUUAAUGGUUUGGUGGCAAGGUCUCUAUUUGUUUGUUUGUUCCCAUGAUGUCUGAUUAUUUAUGUUUAGUAUGACUGAGAAGAUGAUGGUGGCUUCAUCAU